GAAGUGGCACCCACUGCGCCCCAGCAACGCGGAGGAGGCCGCGGGGAGACUGCUGCUGCCUCGGAGGCAGGAGGCGGCCCUGGGGGAAGCCAGGCAGGACCCUGGCAGCUCAGUCUCUGAGUUCCCCUACUCUCUGGGGUGCUAGUUUGGCCGGAGCUGCCGGUGGAGCCACUGGAAGCCCACACGCCAGGCAGCCCGAGUCUCCCUCAGCACCAGGAUCUAUGUCUCAUUUCUAACUCCUGAUCACGAAGACCACGAUAAUUCCUUCCCCAAAGCCCAGCAGCCCCCCAGCCCCGCGCAGCCCCAGCCUGCCUCCCGCCGCCCAGCUGCCCGCGAUGCCCUCCAGCGGCCCCGGGGACACCAGCAGCUCCGCUCCGGAGCGGGAGGAGGACCGCAAGGAGGGAGAGGAGCCGGAGGAGGCUCGUGGCAAGGAGGAGCGGCAGGAGCCCAGCACAACAGCACGGAAGGUGGGGCGGCCCGGGCGGAAGCGCAAGCACCCCCCGGUGGAAAGCAGUGACACGCCGAAGGACUCCGCCGUGACCUCCAAGUCCCUGUCCAUGGCCCAGGACUCAGGCCCCUCAGAGCUAUUACCCAAUGGGGACUUGGAGAAGCGGAGUGAUCCCCAGCCUGAGGAGGGGAGCCCCGCUGGAGGGCAGAAGGGCGGGGCCCCAGCAGAGGGAGAGGGUGGGGCUGAGACCCCUCCCGAAGCCUCCAGAGCUGUGGAGAAUGGCUGCUGCACCCCCAAAGAUGGCCGAGGAGCCCCCACAGAAGAGAGCAAAGAACAGAAGGAGACCAACAUCGAAUCCAUGAAAAUGGAGGGCUCCCGGGGCCGGCUGCGGGGUGGCUUGGGCUGGGAGUCCAGCCUCCGCCAGCGGCCCAUGCCGCGGCUCACCUUCCAGGCGGGGGACCCCUACUACAUCAGCAAGCGCAAGAGGGACGAGUGGCUGGCACGCUGGAAAAGGGAGGCUGAGAAGAAAGCCAAGGUGAUCGCAGUAAUGAACGCCGUGGAAGAAAGCCAGGGGUCUGGCGAGUCUCAGAAGGUGGAGGAGGCCAGCCCUCCCGCAGUGCAGCAGCCCACCGACCCUGCGUCCCCCACUGUGGCCACCACACCUGAGCCUGUGGGAGCCGACGCCGGGGAUAAGAACGCCGCCAAAGCAGCCGAUGAUGAGCCAGAGUACGAGGACGGCCGGGGCUUUGGCAUUGGGGAGCUGGUGUGGGGGAAACUUCGGGGCUUCUCCUGGUGGCCAGGCCGCAUUGUGUCUUGGUGGAUGACGGGCCGGAGCCGAGCAGCUGAAGGCACCCGCUGGGUCAUGUGGUUCGGAGACGGCAAGUUCUCGGUGGUGUGUGUCGAGAAGCUGAUGCCACUGAGCUCGUUCUGCAGCGCUUUCCACCAGGCAACCUACAACAAGCAGCCCAUGUACCGCAAAGCCAUCUACGAGGUCCUGCAGGUGGCCAGUAGCCGUGCGGGGAAGCUGUUCCCAGCGUGCCACGACAGCGACGAGAGCGACACUGCCAAGGCCGUCGAGGUGCAGAACAAACAGAUGAUCGAAUGGGCUCUCGGAGGCUUCCAGCCCUCUGGCCCCAAGGGCCUGGAGCCACCCGAAGAAGAGAAAAAUCCCUACAAAGAAGUUUACACAGACAUGUGGGUCGAACCCGAGGCAGCUGCCUAUGCACCACCCCCACCAGCCAAAAAGCCCCGAAAGAGCACAACCGAGAAGCCCAAGGUCAAGGAGAUCAUUGACGAACGCACAAGAGAGCGGCUGGUGUACGAGGUGCGGCAGAAGUGCCGGAACAUCGAGGACAUUUGCAUCUCUUGUGGGAGCCUCAACGUCACCCUGGAGCACCCUCUCUUCGUUGGAGGAAUGUGCCAAAACUGUAAGAACUGCUUCCUGGAGUGCGCGUACCAGUACGACGACGACGGCUACCAGUCCUACUGCACCAUCUGCUGUGGGGGCCGCGAGGUGCUCAUGUGUGGGAACAACAACUGUUGCAGGUGCUUUUGUGUGGAGUGUGUGGAUCUGUUGGUGGGGCCGGGGGCCGCCCAGGCAGCCAUCAAGGAGGACCCCUGGAACUGCUACAUGUGCGGGCACAAAGGCACCUACGGGCUGCUGCGGCGGCGGGACGACUGGCCCUCGCGGCUGCAGAUGUUCUUCGCCAAUAACCACGACCAGGAAUUUGACCCUCCGAAGGUUUACCCACCUGUCCCAGCCGAGAAGAGGAAGCCCAUCCGGGUGCUGUCUCUAUUCGACGGAAUUGCUACAGGGCUUCUGGUGCUGAAGGACUUGGGCAUUCAGGUGGACCGCUACAUCGCUUCCGAGGUGUGCGAGGACUCCAUCACGGUGGGCAUGGUGCGGCACCAGGGGAAGAUCAUGUACGUCGGGGACGUCCGCAGCGUCACACAGAAGCAUAUCCAGGAGUGGGGCCCAUUCGAUCUGGUGAUUGGGGGCAGUCCUUGCAAUGAUCUCUCCAUCGUCAACCCUGCCCGUAAAGGACUCUACGAGGGCACUGGCCGGCUCUUCUUUGAGUUCUACCGCCUCCUGCAUGAUGCGCGGCCCAAGGAGGGAGAUGAUCGCCCCUUCUUCUGGCUCUUUGAGAAUGUGGUGGCCAUGGGCGUUAGUGACAAGAGGGACAUCUCGCGAUUUCUCGAGUCCAACCCUGUGAUGAUUGAUGCCAAAGAAGUGUCAGCUGCACACAGGGCCCGCUACUUCUGGGGGAACCUUCCUGGUAUGAACAGGCCGUUGGCAUCCACUGUGAAUGAUAAGCUGGAGCUGCAGGAGUGUCUGGAGCACGGCAGAAUAGCUAAGUUCAGCAAAGUGAGGACCAUUACUACGAGGUCGAACUCCAUAAAGCAGGGCAAAGACCAGCAUUUCCCCGUCUUCAUGAAUGAGAAAGAGGACAUCUUAUGGUGCACUGAAAUGGAAAGGGUGUUCGGCUUCCCUGUCCACUAUACCGACGUCUCCAACAUGAGCCGCUUGGCGAGGCAGAGACUGCUGGGCCGGUCAUGGAGUGUGCCGGUCAUCCGCCACCUCUUCGCUCCGCUGAAGGAAUAUUUUGCUUGUGUGUAAGGGACAUGAGGGCAAACCGAGGUAGUGACACAGAGUUAAACAAACAAACAAAAAACACAAAACACAACAAAAUACCAACAACAUGAGGAUGGAGAGAAGUAUCAGCACCCAGAAGAGAAAAAGGAAUUUAAAACAAAAACCACAGAGGCGGAAAUACCAGAGGGCUUUGCCUUGCAAAAAGGGUUGGACAUCAUCUCCUGAUUUUUCAAUGUUAAUCUUCAGUCCUAUUUAAAAACAAAACCAAGCUCCCCCCCCCUUUUUUUUUUUUGGUCAAACCUUUUGUUUUCUACUCUUUUCAGAGGGGUUUUCUGUUUGUUUGGGUUUUUGUUUCUUGCUGUGACUGAAACAAGAGGGUUUAUUGCAGCAAAAAUCAGUAACAAGAAAUAGUAACAAUACCUUGCAGAGGAAGGAUGGGAGAAGGAAAAAAGGAAAUUCUAUAGAAAUCUAUAUAUUCGAUUUUUUUUUUUUUUUUUUUUUUACUAUAUAUCUUUUUUGUUGUUGUUGUCUCUAGCCUGAUCAGAUAGGAGCACAAGAAGGGGACAGAAAACAGUGGCACUCAGCGGCAGAAUUCCCUCCCAGCCACUGAGCUGUGUUGCCAGCACCAUUCCUGGUCAAGCAGAACAGAACCCAGCUAGCAGCAGGGAGACAGAACACACAAGACCCUUUUAUACAGUAUUUCAGGUGCCUACCACACAGGAAACCUUGAAGAAAAUCAGUUUCUAGAAGCCGCUGUUACCUCUUGUUUACAGUUUAUAUAUAUAUGAUAGAUAUGAGAUAUAUAUAUAAAAGGUACUGUUAACUACUGUACAACCCGACUUCAUAAUGGUGCUUUAAAACAGCGAGAUGAGUAAAAACAUCAGCUUCCACAUUGCCUUAUGUGCAAAGGGUUUUAACCAAGGAUGGAGGAGGGAGGCAGCUUGAAGGUGAAUCAUUAACCAUGGCGGGCUUUCCCCGUGGUCUUUCACGAGGUGAAGGAGGAGAAUUUGGGAACCGUGUUCUCCCGCUUCUCCCUGCCAAAAAGGGGGGUGAGAUGAGGUGGUCGGACCGUGGAAAGCUCAGAGUGGGAUUCAUCCAGGCUCACGCAAUAACCUUUUGAUUUUUUUUCAAAAAGGAGACUCCCUCGGCAAGAUGGCAGGAUAAGGGGUCUUCAUUCCCAAUUUCUCACAUUAGCCGAUUCGAGGGCUCCUUGUGGUGGGAUCAGAAAUAAUCCAGAGUGUGGGCAAGUGACAGUUAAAACCCCACCUGGAGCAAAUAAAAAAACAUACAAAACGUA